AUGGGUGACUUGUAUUCGUCCAGAGAUGAUAUCGACAAAGCAGUUAGGAUUCUUCGUGCAACAUUUCGCUCGGGCCGCACCAAGGAUCUGAAAUACCGCAAAUGGCAACUCAAACAGUUGUAUUGGCUGGUGGCUGACAACCACGAAGCUAUCAUCGAUGCACUCCACAAAGACCUCGGGCGCCCCGAAUUCGAAACGCGACUGAAUAUCAAGGGAAUGCAGGAUGAUAUCGUCUACCACAUCAAACACUUUGAAAGAUGGGCUCGUGGUGAAACACCCAAGAGUGGCUUCAUAUUCUCGAACGUAGGCCGGACGCACCUGAGAGCUGAACCACGGGGUCUUGUGUUCAUAAUCGGGCCAUGGAACUUUCCCGAUACUCUGACCAUCACUCCUCUUGCUGCUGCCAUCUCUGCCGGAUGCACCGCCCUCAUCAAGCCAUCUGAGCUAGCAGCCAACUUUACCGAUCUGUUUGUGAAGCUAGCCCCAAAAUACCUUGACAGUGAGUCCUAUGCGCUUGUCACCGGCGCUGCAUCAGAGACUCAGUAUAUGCUCUCUCACAAAUUCGAUCACAUCUUCUUCACUGGAUCGACCCCCGUUGCCAAGCAUGUCGCCGCAGCAGCAGCCAAACACCUCACACCAACUGUACUCGAGCUCGGUGGACAAUGCCCGGCCAUUGUGACUAAGACUGCCAAUGUCGAUCUAGCAGCGAAACGCAUCGCUGCGGCCAAGUUUAUGAAUGCUGGGCAGAUAUGCCUCUCAGUCAACCACGUCUUCAUCGACCCCAAAGUUCAUGAUGAUUUUAUCAACCGUCUCAAACACUGGAAUCAGAGCUUCACGAGCAAUGGUGAAAGCGAUGCUAUGUGCACAAUCAUUAACGAUCGCAACUUCGGUCGUUUGGAGGGGCUUUUGAACAAAACUCAAGGCAAUGUGGUCUACGGCGGCUCAGGACACGAUCGAAAUCUCCUGAAACUGAAGACGACAGUUGUUGAUAACGUAGGUCUAGGUGAUUCCCUAUUGUCCGAGGAGUUAUUUGGGCCGUUGCUCCCAAUCAUGGAAGCCGAUUCCAAGCAAGCAGUGGAGAUGAUCAACAAUUUGCCACAUCCCUUGGGUCUCUACAUCUUCUCACAUGAUCAGUCCGAAAUCGAUUAUGUACUUGACAACACACUGUCAGGAGGGGUGACCAUCAACGAUACCUUGCUACAUGCGGGGGUUCCAGAAGUUCCAUUCGGUGGUGUGGGCGAUUCUGGUAUGGGAGCCUAUCAUGGCAAGUAUGGCUUCGACACAUUUACACAUCUACGUGCAGUUGUCCAGAUGCCAGACUGGCUGGACAAAUUCAUGGGCUUCCGAUAUCCGCCAUAUGAUCUGACGAAGAGCAAUCCUAUGACCACAUUUUCAGCCCCACCUUUCAAGCGGGGAGAGACACUUCAGGAUCAAGAAGAUGGAAUCAGUACUGUUGUCCAAAUUCUUGGUUCAGCAGCGGUCAUUGGUGGACUUGCUAUCGUGCUAGCUGGGUUGCAAAAGCUGCGCUGA